CUGCCAAACCAAAUGACGGAAAUACUAGAACGUAGCUAGCGGUUGGGUUUUCUAGCUGAAACCUCGCACCAUUGUAUGAGGUAGAUUGUUUUUCCAUCAUGAUACUAACUCCUGGUGAAUGUAGAACGGAAUAACAUCAAAGAAGACUAGCUCUUUGAUCGCUUUGUAGGGGAAAGAUGUCCAAUAUACUUGAUGCGGCGUCCAGAGUGAAAUGGGACCGGGCGACUGCAGCGAAGCGAGCUAUCUUUCUCGCGGCCGCUGCCUAUGGAGUGAAAACCUUGUACCCCAUCGUCUGCAGACAAUUCGUGAAACGGAAAGAAUGCAAGAAUAGCAGGGGGUCUAAAGGAGAGGAAAAUGGCUCGACGGUUAAAUCACAAACAGAUGCACUGAGUCAUACAAAGUCACCUGGUGUAAACGCAGAAUUUUUUAAGCAGAUACUUGAACUCAUUAAAAUUCUCUUUCCAAAGCUUGUCUCCAAAGAGCUUGGAUUGCUUUCUCUGCAUUCGGUCGCGUUGAUUUCCCGGACGUUUCUGUCUAUCUAUGUCGCAGGCUUGGAUGGCAAGAUUGUGAAAACAAUCGUUGAGAAAGAACCACGAAGCUUCAUCAUCCAACUGAUGAAAUGGCUCCUUAUUGCUAUCCCGGCCACAUUCGUGAACAGCGUUAUCCGCUACCUGGAAUGCAAGCUGGCCCUCGCCUUCCGCACACGGCUAGUGGACCAUGCCUACACCACCUAUUUCACAGACCAGACCUACUACAAAGUUAGCAACAUGGACGGGAGACUGACCAACCCGGACCAGUCUCUUACCGAGGACGUAAUGAUGUUUUCCCAAUCCGUGGCGCAUCUCUACUCGAACCUCACUAAGCCCAUCUUGGAUGUGAUACUCACCUCCUACACCCUCAUUCAGACGGCCCGGUCCAGGGGGGCCAACGCCAGCGGGCCGACCCUGCUGGCUGGGUUGGUGGUGUUUUGCACGGCCAAGGUUCUGAGGGCCUGCUCGCCGAAAUUCGGAAAACUAGUAGCUGAAGAGGCCCACAGGAAAGGCCAUUUGCGCUAUGUGCAUUCCAGGAUCAUUGCCAAUGCAGAGGAGAUAGCCUUCUACAGGGGCCACAAGGUGGAGAUGCGUCAGCUGCAGAAGUGCUACCGGGCCCUGGCGGAGCAGAUGAACUUGAUCCUGUCCAAGCGUCUGUGGUACAUCAUGAUAGAGCAGUUCCUCAUGAAGUACGUGUGGAGUAGCUGUGGACUGGUCAUGGUGGCUGUGCCCAUCAUCACAGCUACUGGCUUCGCUGACAGCGAAACUGCCGACGGUCAGACUCAGGUGCUGGUGAGCGAGAGGACGGAGGCUUUCACCACCGCACGCAAUCUCCUGGCCUCUGGAGCUGACGCCAUCGAGAGAAUCAUGUCCUCCUACAAAGAGGUCACAGAGCUGGCGGGCUACACGACGCGUGUCUACAACAUGUUCCUGGUGUUUGGCGAGGUGCAGAGGGGCAUGUACAAGCGCUCGUCCACAUCUACCACGGGAACAGGAGAGAAGAAGAACGUGGCCAGGCCAGAGAUGCACAUUGAUGGGCCUUUGGAAAUCAAAGGAAGAGUCAUCGAUGUGGACAAUGGCAUCGUGUGUGAGAGUGUCCCUAUCAUCACUCCCAAUGGAGACAUAGUGGUCUCCAGUCUCAACUUCAAGGUGGAGGAAGGUAUGCACCUGUUGAUCACAGGCCCUAACGGCUGUGGGAAGAGUUCUCUGUUCAGGAUCCUCAGUGGGCUGUGGCCUGUCUAUGGGGGGCUGCUGCACAAACCCUCCCCACAACACAUGUUCUACAUACCACAAAGGCCGUACAUGUCCAUUGGAACCCUGAGAGACCAGGUGAUCUACCCAGACUCUCUAAAGGACAUGCAUGACAGAGGCUACAGAGACAAGGACCUAGAGGUCAUACUGGACAUCGUUAACCUCAACCAGAUAGUGACCCGCGAGGGCGGUUGGGAUGCAGAGAUGGACUGGAAGGAUGUGUUGUCUGGGGGAGAGAAACAGAGGAUGGGCAUGGCUCGCAUGUUCUACAACAGGCCAAAAUAUGCCCUGUUGGAUGAGUGCACCAGUGCUGUCAGCAUUGACGUGGAGGGAAAAAUAUUCCAGGCUGCAAAGGAUGCUGGGAUAUCAUUACUGUCAAUCACCCACAGGCCCUCCCUCUGGAAGUACCACACCCACCUGUUACAGUUUGAUGGCGAGGGAGGAUGGCGGUUCGAGCAGCUAGACACCGCUACUCGUCUCUCCCUGACCGAGGAGAAACAGCGCCUCGAAUCAUCACUUGCAGGAAUACCCAAGAUGCAACACAGACUCAACGAACUCUGUAAGAUCCUGGGAGAGGACUCAGUCCUCAAAACAGCCGACGCAGCAACGGACUGAAAAGAAGACGAAUGAAAGAAAGAGCAAGAUGGAUGUUCAGGAAAGUCAAAGUAUUCUUUUUUUUGUUUCAACGCACACUGACCGCAUAUUCCCAUACAUUUCCAGUGUUGGGGUUGAAUUUUAAGAAUUCAUUCAACAAUGUUGUUUUAUAGAUGUUUUCAUCGCUGGAAUGGUUGAGACUUAAAAUCUCUGACAAGCUGAGACUUACAUUUUAUUUGGUUGAACAAUGAAGUAAAAAUAUUUUUUCAUUUUUAGCACUUUAUUUAAUUAUAGGACAUUUUAAUUGUUAUUGCUGUAGUAGUUAUCAAGUGAAGUAGUAGGCUUAUGUUUUUUUUGUGAGACAGUGUUUUCCUUAUUUUAUUGUGUAGAUUUGUUUGUGUUAAUAAAAAACUACUAUGGACAGGAUGAGGCGCAAAGCUUUCCAUUAAAAAAUGCGUGGUUUUAUGAGACAAGUUUAAAAGAUUGACGUUUCGGCCUUUAAUAGCCUUCUACGUCAGUCUUUAAACUUGUCUAAUAAAACUUUGUUUUAAUUAAGGCGAGCGAGCAUUGCGCCUUUACCUGUCCAAUGAUGUCUACCAAUGUUUUUAUUUAACCUUGACUCACUUUGGUUGAGCACCCUCUACAUCCAUAUAUAAAACAAAUACUAGAAAGGUAAUUGGAUGACAUCAAACAAUGAUCAUCCACGUUUUUACAAUCAUAUGAAGUUAUUCAUUAAGGUUAGGCUAAUAAGCAUACAGUUUUAAAGGUAGCCCAGCUGCUCAAAUUUAAAGUACAAUACAUGUGUGUCCCUUUCUGUUAUCUCAGCCACUAGUGCUGGGUUAUGUCAUAAGGACAUCUUCCUUAUAACAUUACUGAAUGUGUUUUUCAUGGGUUUUCUCAUCAGAACUGCAGUAUAGUAAUAUAUUCAAAAUACCUCAGUAGUUUCAAGUUAUCUGGCUCUGCAUUUUAAAUAACACCCUUCCCUAGACCUAUAUAGUGCACUACUUUGACCGCAGCCCAGAUUUGCCUUUGUUAGUGGCUAAGAGAUGGUUAUAUUAGGAGCUUUUAUUGGAAAUUAGUGCAUUAGUGACAGAGCUGUUGGUCUGUUGCAAUAGGCUUCUGGUUUACUGAACAAAUGGAUGCCUUGGAUUUUAAGGCAUCCUGUCUUGUCUUCGGCAGAGCACAGCAGGAAUUGGACUGGGUUCCGCACAAGACCGCUAACGCACACACACACACAUCACCUGGCAAAGCCCUACUCACUGUCACUAGGGUAGUAUCUGUGGAACAGGAAGUUUAGUGUUGUCUCGGUCGACAAUCUUCACCCCUAUAAGAAAUAUGUCACAUCUUCAGCAAGAGGUUUACAUUGUGUUUUACAAUAACCACUGUUGUUUUCCGUUGUGGCUUAGUACAGUUUACUUGGUUGCUGGGUUUAAUUAACUGUUACCUUGUUAUAUUCACCCACACUAAAAUCAAUCUAUUUCAGCAAUUCAUAUUUGUUUAUCAGCGACCUAUCUCAGACUGUACACUGUGAACUUCGUUGUUUCUUUUUUUGAUAAUGUCAUAAAAUGUAUGCAUUUUAGAGUUUGAUAAUGCUGCCUCUGUUCCAACCUGUAUAUGUACAGUAAAUCUUCUGCUGAACAAAGCUGUCAGCUCUGCUGAGGUUACUAUAUGUCAAAUCCAAGACCAGUCCUUCUAGUACUGUAGCCUUAUAGCCUGGCUGUGUUAGUGUAUCACCUAUACCAGGGUUCUCCAACUGGCGGUCCGUGCACCGAAUUUGGCCCGCAGUGAUUUACAUUUUGGAAAUGUCAAAGUAUUCCCAAGCAUAAUAGAGAGGUGUAUGUGAUCGAAUACAGAUGUAAGCAAGGUUUGAAAUGAUUACGUUAAAGUCAAAUAUUAUAUAUGUUUGCGCUUCUUGCCGUCAAUUUGCAGUCUACAAAUUAUUUGUAAUUACGUUCCGCCUCCCUGACCAUCCGUUCAAGAAAAAAAUCAGCCCGUGGCUGAAUCUAGUUGAUGAUUCCUGCCCUAUACGGUAUUUUCAAUCAUUAAUACCUACAAACAUUGAGUAUACUGAUUGGGUGGCACAUAGUAGUGCUGGGUUAUUUGAUUGGCUUAUACCCCGACUGUAACACACCAGUGUCACAGAAUGAAGUCGGUAACUGCAUAUGGCAGAAUAUUUACACUUGUUUAACACAUUCAAGUGUAGAACAAGUGCAACUGCGAUAUUUUUUACCACUACAUCUCAGACUAAACUGUCUUAAAGAGAAGUGACAUGGAAAAGAAUGUAUGUAAGUUGUAAAUAUGUAAACUAUAUAUUGUAAUGUAUACUUUGUUAAUAUGGUACUUAUAUUUGCAUGGAAUGGGUGAGUGUGAGUGAUGCCUCAAUCACAUUAUAUUUGAACUGUCUCUUUCAAUCAUUGCUAAACAGAGAGCAUUGUGGCAGGAUAAAUACAAUCACUUUCACCAUGAAUAGUUAGUUGUUCAUGGAAGUAAAGUAUUUCACUUUGGUAAUAUACUUGGGUUUAACUACUGUUAUAAAUAGGUUAUAAGCCUGAAAAUUACCUACAUAUUCAGGCUUCUCCUCAUUCUUUGGGAUUCUAACUAAUACUUUGUGUCUUGAAAUGGACACCUGACAUAGUGAAACCUGAUUUCCCUGUACUGUAAAAAAAAUUCUGUGUUGCUCAGCCCUGUUGAUAGGGAGUAUCUACAGUAUACUACUGGAUGAAACAGUGUCUUAAAGUGACUGAGAAUAGUAUGAAAUGAGUAGAAUCAAGAGGUGAUGCUUGAAACUGUAUACAUGACCGUGAGUUAGCUAUCUAACCAAUACUAUGGAUCAAAGUCAAACAAAAUAAAAUAUACUUUGAUAUUCUAUAAAAUUGCAACUGUUAAGUUAUGCCUACUCUAGUAUGUUCCCACAACACUUUGACUUACUAACAAUUAAUGGAUACAAUUCUUUUGUCAUUUUUUUAAUAAGUGGAGCAUCCGAAUGUACUGUAUUUGACAUGUAUCAUAGGAUUUUACUUUGACAUGGGCAAUUCAUUCAAUUUUGGCAACUGUGACAAUUUAAGUUUGAUUUGCAAAAUGGUUGUUUAUUUAAUGGUUCCUCUUGUAACUAAUGCAUGUGUUGUGUCAUUAUUUUAUGAAACUCAUUCAUGUUAUGUGAAUGGGGUCUGUGUCGUGCAAUAGGCCUAGUGAUGCUCUUUCAGUCAAGAAAGACAUGGGACUGACAGACAAUAAGAGGCAUUGUCUCCCCUCUUUUCUAGUCUCCUUUUGAAUUUUUUUACAGUGAGAAAACAGACUAAUCGUUUUAAUUAAUCCCACCUGUUCUGGUACUGUUGUUCAUUCUGCAUGUGAGGAUGUGCACUGAGUGUUCAUUUACAUCGAUGUGAAAAUGUAUUUUCCUGUAAAUAAAAUAAGACAACCACUAAGACUGUAAAA